CGGAUCCACGUGGAUACCAACUGUCAAGAAGCCACACCGUUCACCGUCCGACCGUCGAAUCCUGGAAACGCAAAAUGGAUCCCAACAGUUUCAAGGAUUUUGCCAAGGAAAUGACGGAAUACAUUACUAACUAUCUGGAGAAUAUCAGGGACAGGAGAGUAUUACCAACAGUAGAGCCCGGUUACAUGAAACCUCUCUUGCCAUCAGAAGCUCCACAAUCUCCAGAAAGUUGGAAAGAUAUCAUGGCGGAUAUCGAAAGAAUAAUAAUGCCAGGUGUCACUCAUUGGCACAGUCCGAAAUUUCACGCAUACUUUCCUACAGCUCAAUCCUAUCCAGCAAUUGUUGCUGAUAUGCUGAGUGGCGCUAUUGCUUGUAUUGGAUUCACGUGGAUGGCGAGUCCUGCGUGCACGGAACUAGAAGUAAUUAUGUUGGACUGGCUGGGAAAAAUGUUAGAUUUGCCCAAAGAAUUUUUAGCCUGCAGUGGUGGCAAAGGUGGCGGUGUAAUUCAGGGAACUGCGAGCGAAGCUACUUUGGUUGCACUCCUUGGCGCAAAAGCUAGGAAAAUAAGGCAGGUCAAAGAACAACACCCUAACUGGACUGACAACGAAAUUGUGGGAAAACUAGUGGCUUAUGGUUCCUGUCAAGCGCAUAGUUCCGUAGAACGAGCUGGGCUUCUCGGGGGUGUGAAAUUCCGACUAUUGGAGGUAGACUCAAAAUAUAGACUUCGCGGCGAAACCCUUGCAGAAGCCAUAAGAAAGGACAAAGAACAAGGACUGAUCCCAUUUUAUGCUGUCGCGACUCUAGGAACUACUUGCUCAUGCGCAUUCGAUCGUCUUGAUGAAAUGGGUAUCGUUGCGAGCCGCGAAAACGUGUGGUUACACAUCGACGCAGCUUAUGCCGGGUCUGCUUUUAUUUGCCCUGAGUUUCGAUAUUUACUUAAGGGUAUCGAACUGGCGGAUUCGUUCAACUUCAACCCACAUAAGUGGAUGCUGGUCAAUUUUGACUGUUCAACCAUGUGGCUGAAAGAUCCUACCUAUGUUAUCAACGCCUUCAAUGUUGAUCCAUUGUACUUGAAACACGACAUGCAGGGAUCUGCCCCCGAUUACAGGCAUUGGCAAAUUCCACUAGGACGUAGAUUUAGGGCAUUAAAAUUGUGGUUCGUUUUGAGAAUAUAUGGCGUAGAGAAUCUUCAACAAUAUAUCAGGAAUCACAUUGCUCAAGCUCAUGAAUUCGAAAGUCUGGUUCUCUCAGAUUCUCGCUUCGAAGUUGUUGCCGAAGUCAUAAUGGGUCUCGUUUGCUUCCGAUUAAAGGGUUCAAAUGACAUAAACGAGACUCUAUUGAAGAAAAUCAAUGGCGCAGGAAACAUUCAUCUAGUACCAUCCAAGAUAAACGACAUGUAUUUUCUGCGGUUUGCGAUUUGUUCACGUUACAGCGAGAGUAAGGACAUUCAAAGUUCUUGGCAGGAAAUAAAACGCAGAGCUGAUGAGGUGCUCGAAGAGCAGUCGGUUUCUAAGUGAUGGCGCGCUCAGAUAGCUCGAGGUUGCCGAUCUUUAGCUCCUGUAGCCUGUAAUCAAUCCUAGCUCCUAGUUGUUCCGUGUUUUAGUGAUCCUGAGAAAACGAGUGGAUGAUUGAAAAUUAAGGACCUGUCCUGUAUAUUUCUUCAUGUUUGAAAAUUUAGAAAAUAAUCAUCAUUUAAUUGUUCCAUUUUUGGUGUUUCCAAGGAAAAAUUUUCAUUUGUUAUCGAACAGAGUAAAUUUUGAUUAAACUUAUAAUCCUAGUUAAAAAUUAUAUCAGCAGUAAUUUUAUGAAAAAACAUGAUUUACCUUUAUAAAAAGAGUCAAGUCUUUCUUCAAUAAGUUGUCAGAUUGAAAAAUGAUUCAUCAUAGUAGUUACUUAUAGUUAAUUUCUAUAGUUAUCUCACGUUUCAGUAGUGGAAGAAUCUUUCAAACAACAAUGACAAUCAAUUUAAAUAAAUGAAGAUUAAGACAAUCGAUAGAAAGAAAUAUUAUUUUUGAUUAUGAAAUGCUAAAAAGGUAACAAAUAAGAUUGCACUAUAAAACAGAAAGUUGUAUAGAACUUUCUAGCCAGGGAAUAGUAAAAGUGACAUUCCAUUAAAAUUUGUACAAAUAAAUCAAAACAUGUAUUGCAUCAAUAUUUCUUCAUUAUUAUCAAUAUUAAUCAUUAUCAUUUUAUAUAUUAUUAUAUUGAAGUUAUAAUACUUAGUGGAAAUUAAUCCCAAGAAUGUAAUAUCUAUAGUAAAACAGAGGUCCCAUGGAAAAUUCUUCCAUUACCAAAAACAAUAAAUAUUUCUGAACAUAUCUAUAUAAUAAUAUAAUUUAUAUAAAAAAAUAUAGUCUUUAUAGUUUUCAAAACACCUUCUAGUACUUCGUCAGAAUUAUAAUUAGAUUGAUCGAAAAUCUGAUAAUAGUAUUCGAAGAUGUUUAUGUUAUGUGUAUCUAAUUAUUUUGGAAAUAUAUAAAGACAGGUCCAGUGAACGUAAUAAGCCAAAGAUCGUUCUUCGAAUCCCCGUUUAAAGUUGAUAAACGCGUAGUUCACGUGAACGCACUAUUACCUGUUGCCUUGUGCCACUUUUCCCAACAUUCUAAUCUUCGCCAGUUACCAUCGCUUUCUUCGAUCACCUUGAGUGGCAUAAUAGAUAACAUGCAUCUUUUGCAACUGAGUUGCAUAAUUAUUUGCGUCUGUGCAACUGUAAAGUAGAAAUAUAUCCGAAAAUUCUUCGGAUUCUAGACAAGGAAACGCAAUGAGAUUUAAUUUAUGUGAUUUCAAGUGUUGUUAAAACCUUCCGACGAUUUUAAUGUAAAUGUAAAAAUGAAUUUACUUAUGAUUUAUUAUAUUUAAAAGUGUGUAGGCAAAGUAAUCACGAUGUUUUAUUGUAUUCAUGUUGAAACCGUGUAGUAUUAAUGUGAAUAACGAUAACGUGAAAUGCAAUUCGGAAGGAAAGUGGUUAUAUUGUAUAUGUUAUUGUUGAAUCUGAUCGUAUAUUGAGUUUCGUGUUCAAUGAAAUUUAUGAACCACCGAUGGAUUAUAUCAUUGAAAGUAACGUUAAAUAUGAAGAACACAGAAAAUUUCUUGAUAAUUCACCAUUGCUUUUGAUUUUGUUGCAAAAAUAAUUAUAUUAUUUCACCGAACAAAGUAAAAAAUGCUCCUACGUCAUGAACCAGUCUCUCAUCGAUGAUUAUAUUAAAGCACAUUCAUUUGGAGUACGCAGGCGUGCAUAAGAAUCGAGUCACAACAUUAUUAUAUAUAGACGUUACAUAAUUAAAUAAAAUUAUUAUAUAAUAAUCAAGGAUGUAUAGUAAAUAAUUACAUUAUAUAAAAAUGUUCUGACUAAAUAUUUUUGCACGUGGCUCUAUGCAAUUUAUAUUUACUUCAGAAUACUUUAUUUAUAAUAUGGUUAUAAAAUACAUUUAUUGAAUUAUAUACAAUAUUUUUGUGUUAGUUAGUUUCAUAUGAUGAACUUGAUAAAUGAAUUUUUGUUAAUAUAUUAGCGGUGAAUUUUUUAUUUAAUAGAAAAUUUACAAUCUUUUCUGGAGAAAAAUAUUUAGUAAAUAUUCUGUACACAUACAGUAAUAGUUCUGUGGUUCAUAAUGUAGAUAAUAUCCCAGGAUAUGUGUGAAACAGAAUACUUUGUACAAUAUUAGUAGAUUUGUGGGUGAAGCUUCAAAUUGACAAGCUUCUGAAUCGUACAUGUACUAUAUUGUACAAAAUAUUGGUUGAUGUAACUUAAAGUUAUAUCAGACUAAGUAACCUGUUUUAUUAUUAUUUUUGUUAUAUAUUGGACUUCAUGUGUGCUUAUAUUUUAUUUAUUCUACUCAUUUUCAAUGGAAAUGAAAGAAUUAGUUCUAAAGUAUUACGAUUUAAAAAUUUAUUUAAAGAAUAAAUACAUUUCAUUUGAAAGAAUAAACGGAUUGAAUGUUACAUAUUAUCACUACUCAUUGAAAGUAAAAUAAUUAAUAUCAUAGAAUGCAAUCAUUUAAAGUUAUAUUGAGCUGAUUUUGACAAAAAAAUUAUUUGAGUGAACAAAGGUGAACAAAUUUUAGUUUUAUUAAUUUUAAUAGUUUUGAACAAAAGCUGAAUUAAUUUCGAUAUUUAGACGGUUACAUAUUUUUUCUUGCUGCCUCAGUUCUGCAAUUUAUUUGAUCAUACGUCAUAUUUUAAUUUUACUUUAUAAAAAUCUAAAUUAACACGAUGUUUGAAUUUCUUCAUUAAGUAUAAAACUUUAUACCAAUUUAAUUAAUAUGUCAAAUAUUCUUUUAAUAGAUAUUAGUUGAAUUUUUUAAGAAAGUAGCAAUGACAAUACGAAAAAGUGAAAUGAAAGUAGAAAUGGUACAUAAUUGAUAGACACAAUUGCCUGUUUGACAGAAAAUCUGUAGACUGGCACGAAUAUUAGACAAAAUUCAUUUUUUUUUAAAUAGAUAUGAAUCACAGGUGUUCAUUGAACCAUAAACGAACGUUGGAUUAUGAAAAUAUGAGAUUUAUUCCGGUGAAUCUACUUACUACUUAUUAUGAAAUUAUAUUUGACAUAUUUCGAUCGUACAAAUACGUUUCAUAAAUAGUUACGUGUAUGAAUAUGGAAGCAACAUAAUUUCAGUUCUUGUAUAAUUAUAUAUUUUAUAAUUAUUUUGAAAAAAGCAUUGCUAUCUGUGAAACUCGUUCACUAUAAAUGAACUGCAAAUGUUUGCGUGAGUUCCUAUUUUCGCAGAUAAUUUAAAAAAUACUCUAUUUUUGACAAUUAUUGCAGUCUAAUUUUAUAUAUUCAGAAUUUUUACACAUUCUACAUAUUUUACAUUAUUUACAAAUUUACGGUUAUGUGUUUCUAAAAAUAAUCUAUUAUUCCUAUACAAAAUGAAAUAUUUUCUUAGAUAUAUCCAUGUUUUGUUAAUGAUACUUUUAAUUUAUUAUUACAGAAUCUAGAAUUUCAAGAGAAAAUAACUAUAAAUCGCCGGUAACUCACAAAUGUAAGGUAUAAAUAAAUAUACAAACAGUACAUUGAAAAUAAAAACUAUAAACUUUAAAAGAUCAAAAUAAUUUUCAUUCCUUUUUCUAAAAAGAUUGUUGUUAAAUUUUAUUGUAUUUGGAAUAUUGAAAAUUGAUAAAAUCUUGUAUUUAUGUAUAUAUACAGAAUAUAAAAACCAUAAUUUUGUCAAUGAAAAUAUAUUCUGUUGACUGUAAAAGAACUUUACUUCAGUUAUAUAAAGACAAAUUUUGACGAGGUAAUUAACGAAGGCAGGAAUGUACAGGAAAUUUCGUUUUCUUAUAUAAAAACUCUUGAAGAUAAAAAUAACAUCAAAAUUCUAUACAAUUUUAUCGAAGAUUGUAUUUUGUUAUGUUUUAUAUAUUUACUUACAUUUACAAUGAAUGUUUAAAAUACGCAGUCUGUUUAAGAAAUAAAAACAAAUACACCAUGGUAAUAAAAAAUACGUUAAUGUAAACAAUAUCAGAAAACGUACUAUUUGCUGCUCAUUCAAAUGAAUCGUGCUGCUUCGAUUACAUUUACGGCAUAUUUGAUGUAAAGUAGUGCUGCAACUGGGACAAUAAAUAGAUCUAGAAUUACUUUGCGCGGUUUGGUCUAUCGAACGAGUAAACGUUCUUAAGAUUACUUAUAAUAAAUAAUCAUUAAUUACUUCAUGUGCACUGGUUAUGAUCGAGCACUGUUGUAUUUAUAACAUUUUAUAUAUUCACAAUAAUUUAUCAACGUAUAUUUUGAGUACCAAAUAUUGCUGGAAAUGUUAUUAAAAAGAAUCACGGUUUGAAAUGGAUAUCAUAUCAUGAAAAAUAUGAGUUUAGGAUUUAUUUUAGGAAAAUAAUUAUAUAAACAUUUUGUUAAGUAUUAAUGUAUAAAUAAUAAGAACGUUUUCUCGAUAAAAUAACACGAAUUACUGUUAAACGGGACCAACGGAAAGUAAUAAAUGAAAAUGUAAUCUGUGUGUAUAUGCCUGUUAUAUUGAUGUACGGAAGUUUAUUUUAACAUUGCGUUUAAUUUGUUAAGAAAAAGAUAUACAUUCCCGCGAAUAUAUAAAAGCGUCGUUAUAUUAACGUGGGUUAAAUAAAUUCUGUAUUAUAUUCACUUUGAUGCUUGAUAUAAUCUUCACUUUCCAUUGCAUAUCAAAAGAAAUAUUAUUCUUUACCAUUUUCAUAAUUCAACGCUCAUUUUGCGUAUAUGAAUGUUUAACUGAUUUUAUUUUUCAUUUUAUUUGGAAAAUACUAUUGUUCAAAACGUUCAAUAUUGUAUUGUAUAUUUUGUUAGGUUCGUCAUUUUUAAAGUUGUAAUAAAAUUUGUUUGUGUUCUAGUAGUAGUAAAGAUACUCAAAGGCGUUAUUUCAAUAUUUUCACUUGAAUAUUAAUAAAUCAAGACAUAUAAUUAUGCAAAAUAUUUGAAUAAAAUAAAGAACAAAGAAUAGCUAGCUAUCAUGAGGAAAAAAAGGAUUUCCCGACCUUUACAAUGUUACUAACCUGUCUAAUUUUUAACGACUAACGAUAUUAUAGUAUUUUCAACAGUAUCUAAUUUACCUUGUGUAAAUAGAGUUCCUUAUUUAUAAUUAUAAUAAAUUAAAUCAAAAUUCGUUAAUAUGUAAAUUAUUCUAAACAUACAUGUUUAUAAAUUCUUUUUUAAAGAUAAUUUAUAAGAAAUUCUUUAAAUAUUAAGUUAUUCGAUCAUAAAUAACAUACCAUGUAUUUCUAUAACGCUCAUGAUACUUAUUUUAAUUUUAAAAUCGGCAAAACUCAUCAUACGACAAAAUAAAAGCAACAUCAUCAAAGUAUAAUAAAAAUUACUCUGUUUAUUAAAACUGUUAGCAUGCGACAAUAAGAGUACAGCAAUGAAAAACAUAUACAAUGACUAUAUCGAAAAAAAGAAUAAAAAUCUCUUAAAAAAUUUGUGAUAAUCAUCAUUUCGUAUUUUACACAAUACUUAUUUACGGAUCUUCUUCGUUGCAGUACGUUCCAAUAAUAAAGAUUUCAUUGUUAUCUGAUUAACAAUACAAUUAACAUACCCUUGGACAAAAGACCAGAUGUGCAUAUACAUUUUCAGUCUAUUUGUUUCAUUAAUACUUCUACUAAGUUGUUCCAUGACUCGAAUCUUAUGCGGACACUUUCUUCGGUGGACCACCAAACCGUUUCGUCAAUUGAAUUAUUCUUUCAGCCUCGCGAAUGCCACUUAAUCUCGCACCAUGAACUGUGCUAUAGUGUCCUGGGAUUGUAGCUUCCCCCGCGAAUAAAAGAAUCGGUGGUAUUGGUUCGCAUGUGCCUGAACAAAAGAAAGGUAUAAGAGCAAAGAAAAAAUGGAAAGGAUGCGAAUGUUAAAGAAAGAGGAAUUUCUUUCUUUCUGACACUUGUCUUUUCUUAAUAACAAUGGUGACGUGAUAUUAUUAAUAUUAUAUAUCAUU